UGGACUUCAGUAUAGGAACCACCAAUGGGCUGGGGCCGUGGUGGCCGUGGCCGUUCCGGCUGGGGCCGCGGUGAGCGCGACCGGGGCAGCUCCCCGGCAAAUGAAGAGAGGUCCCAUUACUUCGAAGCGUCUGCAGAUGCGCCCAGUCAAGAAGAGUCACGAGACUCGCGCCUAGAGCAAAUAAAGAAAAAACUUGAGGACAUUGAUGUCAUUGAGAAGCGCCUGGAGAAGGGCGAAAUGCUGACCAAGAUCCAGGUGAAAAAGUUGGAGCGCAAGGCGCAACUGGAACAAGAACUAGAUGACCUCACGUGCAGUAGAGAUGCCAAUGAGGAGGCCAUGAUUGCAGAGCUGAUGAAGGAGAAAAAGGAGUUGGAGCUCGAGAUGUCGGGUGUUGGCUCGCCAGACAGAGAAAUGAUUGAGGCCGCUACCCAUUCCUGGCCAACCUUGCCCGGGAUAGUGCCUCCGUCGGAUUGCAAGGGAACUCAAUCCUCUCAGCUUCCUUGCACGGGCGGCCGCUUGCAACUCCCUGGAACAAAAUGCAAAAGGUUGGCACCGUGGGCUCGUCCGUCCCGGGCAGCAAGCCCUGGCGCAGCGUCGCCCAGGUCGCCGGUUGGCAGCUGCCCACCAACCCCGCGCAACGAGUUGCGACUGCCGAUUCCGGGGCACAUCACUGAGGAUCAGCGCGCCCUGCUGGAAGGCGAUCUUCCCUACUGGUCUCAGAAGUUUGGGAGCUCCGUGAAAACCGAGGGAGACUUCAUAGUGGCUGAGUUCAGUGAUGAGGCUGAAAGUGGUGCAGCAAAGCAAGAACUUUUUGAUCUGGUGGAGUACGACCUGGAAUUGCCAAAGGGUGCCCUCAACUCCUGCAAUGUUUCCAUUAAGAGUCCUACGAAGACUUCCCGGAAAACUGGGCCGAACUUCGGGCAGUCGCUGUCGGAUCCAGCUAUGGUGUUCCAUUGCUGCGACACAAACGGCAAUGGCAUGUUGGACCUUCACGAAUUGAAAUUUGCCUUCAAUGCCUUCGGCCUCUUCCCAAGCAUGGAGUACCUCAGUGCUUGGAUGGACGAUCGAUACACCUUGACGCUGGACGACUUCCGCGAGUUGCUGGAUUCCAAGCUUCGAAGCGCGCCCACAUCCAUGCGAGGACCUCGAGCUGUGCCAUAUGCCCGGAGAGGUGUUUUGAUGCAGCAGGUGGAGGCCCUCUAUGAAACCUUCAUCGCCAGUGGUUGGUUGCAGCAGCAGUGUGCCGACUUCAACUCUCAGCAUAAGUCACAGAUCCAGCGCAAGGAGAUCUUCGCCAUGGAGACCAACCUCUACGCCCUGAACCGUUGGGUCAUUAUGCCGGGCACGUCGCCGCAUCCACAACUGCCGAUCCCAGAAGAGAUGCAAAGGCGUGCUGAGAUGCCUACUGCCAGCCAUGAAUGUUCGUUUUCAGAGCUCAUGAACUCAGAGGGUCUGGCUGUGGAUUACUUUGUGUCCCACUUCUGGGGCCACCCAUUCGAGGACACCUGUGCGGCCCUUCGCCUUUGGUCGUCACAGGUCUAUUGGCAGAUUGCGCGACCACAACCUGGUGGAAUGGUGUACUGGCUUUGCAUAUUGGCAUUGAACCAGCAUCGUCCAGGGGAUGAAGUUGGCUCUUCCCCAGAGGAGGGUCCUUUCAAUGCUGCAUUGGUGCAAUCCACCUGCGGUGCUGUGAUGAUCGUAGAUGAAAUGGUCUCUCCGUUCAGCCGAAUCUGGUGUUUGUUCGAGGUCAAGCGCCUCACAGACCUGCAGAAGGAGUUCCAUUUGAUUUCUGCCAAGGGUGCCAUGGGAGCCAACUUAGCUGAGACGGAUUCUGAGCAAAGGUCUGUACUAAUGCGCUUCACCCAGAAAGUCGCAACUGGCUUGGAAUCUGUCGCUGCGUUUCAGGCGAAGUCCAGCAGCGAGGAUGACAAGUAUGCCAUUUGGCAUCGUGUCGCCGACCCCCAGCUCCGCAAAGUUCCCCUGCAGAUUGCCCGAGAACGCGGCCUAUUCACUGCCAACGUCUUCAAGCGGUUUGAUUUGACUAUUCGCAGCCUUUUGGCAGCUCCCUUGUACCAGACGAGUUUGCAAGAGCAAGAUGCAGAUAGCGCCCUGAGAUAUUUGGGCAUGGGUGCUCCAUUCGGGGAGAGUGAUGUCGAGUUGCUGCAAAAUCAAUGGAACAUCAACGUGACGAGCGUCGAAGUGAACAUCCAAAAUGGCACUUCCAUGGUGCGAUGGCAGCUGCUGCAUGUCGCAGCAUAUUUUGGACAUGCAGAUGCCGUCAAGGCCUUGGUUGAGCGGGGCGCGAAGAUUGAGGGACAGACCAAGUUCAAGUUAACGCCACUGCAUCAGGCAGCACGUAAUGGACAGGUUCAGAUUUGCGAGAUGCUACUUGACUAUAAGGCAAACAUCCACCAUGUGGCAGUCCAGGGUCGGACAGCUUUGCAAACUGCUGCGCACCAGGGGCACCGCAAUGUGGUAGAGUUGCUCUUGGCACGGAAAGCAAAUCCCAACAUGAAGGAUGAGAAAGGAGUAACAGCUUUGCAUUCUGCGGCUCUGUCUGGCUUUGGUGACAUGGUGGAGGUGUUGCUGAGUCACGGGGCAGAUCCCUUCAUCCGGCAGCUCGAUGAUCUAACUGCUUUGCACGUGGCAUCCCAACGUGGUUCUUUGGAGGUGGCCCGAGAGAUUGUGCGCAAAACUCCCUGCAGCAGCCAAUCCAUGCGAAGGAGACUCUUACGCAGUACUUCCAGCAAGGGCAGCGUCAUGGACCUUGCCGGAACUUCUGAGAUGAAGGAGUUCCUUCUCAGCAUGGAUGUCUAAGCUUCCGAGGCCUUCUACAGUGCUCUGUGAUGACUGGACGAGAUUUGCGUGACAGAAAAAAACGCCUCACUUUCCCGGAAGAAUUACAAGAAUUCUUUAGGGUGGUGAUUGGCUAUUCUGUUGGAACGUUGGAACCUGACCUCAACGUUGGAACACUGCCAACAACAAGCGGGGACCAAAACGCUGUGACAGUGGUAAAAAUAUUACUUGUCAGCUCAGCCCAGGCCUUUCCAUUAGGCCCCAUUUUAUCAGAAAAAAACGCCUCACUUUCCCGGAAGAAUUACAAGAAUUCUUUAGGGUGGUGAUUGGCUAUUCUGUUGGACGUUGGAACACUGCCAACAACAAGCGGGGACCAAAACGCU